AUGCCCAGCAUCGGCAGCAUUGUCUACUACGGCACCCACCUUGGGGAGCUGAGAAACAUCAUCCAAUGGAAGCUCUGGCACGAUGCCGUCCACGAGCGCGACGAGUCCAAGGAGAGCCCCGAGCUGAAGGAGUGCUUCAAGUACCUCAAGAUGACCAGCCGCAGUUUCGCUGCCGUCAUCCAGGAACUCCACCCCGAACUCCUUGUCCCCGUCUGUCUCUUCUACCUGAUCCUGCGCGGUCUCGACACGAUUGAAGACGACAUGACCAUUCCCUUCGAGACCAAGGAGCCCCUACUCCGCGACUUCCACAACAUCCUCGAGCAAGACGGCUGGAACUUCGCCGGCAACGGACCCAACGAGAAGGAUCGCGAGCUCUGUGUCCACUUUGACGUCGUUGUUGCUGAGUACAAGAAGAUCAAGCCCGAGUACAAGGUCAUCAUCAAGGACAUUACCGAUCGCAUGGGCAACGGCAUGGCCGACUAUGCAAAGAUGGCCGACGAGGGCGGUGCUCAGAAGGUCGAGACGGUCAAGGAAUACUACAAGUACUGCCACUACGUUGCCGGUCUGGUCGGCGAGGGUCUGACACGUCUGUUUGUCGAAGCCAAGUUGGCCAACCCUGCCCUUUUGGAGCGCGAGGACCUUCACGAAUCCAUGGGUCAAUUCCUGCAGCAAACAAACAUCAUCCGUGAUAUUCGCGAGGAUCACGAGGACAAGCGCUACUUCUGGCCCCGCGAGGUGUGGUCCAAGCACGUGGACCAGUUCGAAGACCUCUUCCUACCCGAGAACAAGGAGAAGGCGCUCGCCUGUAGUUCAGAGAUGGUGCUGCUGGCUCUGCGACGCGCCGAUGACUGCCUCUUCUACCUGGCUGGACUCAAGGAGCAAAGUGUCUUCAACUUCUGCGCCAUUCCUCAGACAAUGGCUAUUGCAACGCUCGAGCUAUGCUUCCAGAACCCCAACAUCUUCGAAAAGAACGUCAAGAUCACAAAAGGCUCUGCCUGCAGACUUAUGGUCGACAGCACACAAAACCUCCAGGUCGCAUAUAACGUCUUCAAGCGUUAUGCUCGCAUUAUCCACAAGCGCAACAACCCGCAAGAUCCCAACUUCCUCGAGAUCACACACAGCGCUGACGCAACAAACUCUGCANNGAUUGAGCAAUUCAUCGAAUCCAUCUUCCCUACACAGACUGCUGCCACCUACCGCCAGGGCGCUCCUGCUCCCGUCGAUGCGAGCGGCACAACCCUCACUCCUGAGGAGCAGGCGGCACAAAAGAAGCAGCAGGCUCAAGACAAGGAGGAGUUCUUCUACAUCAUGCUGGCUGUUGGAGCCACGCUGUUUGUCAUUACCGCUAUCAUGGUACGUACAUCUCUUCAGCCACCAGCUCUUCUUCACCAGCUAACAACAUCUGCANNGUUCUUCACCGCUUGGAUGAUGGGCGCACGAUUUGACAUUGCCUGGCAACAGCUUCGUAACGGCAACAUCUGGGCACCCAAGACCACAGAUGAAGCUUUGGUCGCUCGUGAUGCGUACGAUGCCGCCAAGUCGACUGUUACAGCAACUGUCAAGGCCGUCACAUCGAGUGUCAUCUCACACGGCGAGCUGUAA